CUCGUCCCACACCACGAUCUGGGGAGCAGGGAUGGAUCAGGGCUCUGUGGGUGCCCUGCUGCCAGCUGUCUGUGGGGCCAGGGCUACGCUCCCAGCCUUCCUUUGCUUCCUGCACCUUCCAGAGGCCGGAGGAUGGCCUGCGGCACUGGAUCAUCACGGCUCUGCGUAGGACAGGAGGACAGGAGCUGUGCCCAGGGGGAAGCUGGGGGUCCGCACUGCUCUCCUUCUGUGCUUACUGGGAACGAAUGCUGAGCCCGGAGGUAGCGUGGCCAGCAGCUCUCGGGCAGAGCUUUUAUAGGCUCCAGAUAGAGACAGGGCAGGAGAGCAUUACAGAAAGCCCUAACUCAGCACACGGCAGGAGGAGGGACUGGCUGAACAAAGGCAACGCUGCGGGGGAGCAAUGAGCUCGGGGACACCACAGCUCUGCUCCCAGCACACCAGGCUGUGACAUGACCCAGGCUCUGUGCAUGUCCCCCAGCCAUGCCCUCCACCUGCCCCAGGCACAGAGCACAGAGCUGGAACAGUAGCAUGGCAAAGCUAGGGGCCGAUUUGUAAAGGCAUUAUAGGGACCUAGUGGUGCAGAUGAAGAUUUAUGGAUCCUAUCUCUGUGCUCAGGGACCUGGGAAGAGCCCACAGAAUCUACAUUGUACCUAAAUACCUUCUGCUUUUGCUCAUAGUGACCCCCUCCUACUGCAUAAUCCUGGGGCAGCAUUGGGGAGAGAACACCCCUAUAGCUGCAGGAACAGCCCUAUGGCUGCAAGCUGGGAAGAAAAGCAGGAGCAGGACAAAAGGAGUUGGAUCUGCAGGGUGGUGGAGGCUGGAUAUCAGCACUCAGAAGGCAUCAGCACAGCAGUGCGGUUAAGAAAACACCUGGCUCUAAGAGGAAGAAAUAGAAUAAGCUUAAAAUAGAAAGGUGUCUAACAACCAUGAAAAUGAAUGCAAAUUGAAAGCCAAGAGUCAUGAAAACUGUCCACCAUGACGGUAAGGAAGUGGACCCUGGGGAGAGCUCAGAGCAGCAGCAAUGCAGCACAUCCAGCAGUGCAACAGGGGACAGCAUGGUCGAUAAGGAGAGAAGAAGAGAUCGAUGAGUGCUUUUUAUUUGGUAUUUUAGGAAACGUCCCAGGUGGUGCUGCUGAAAUCGCACCACUGUGAAUUAACACUUUGCCCUCGAGGGGAACGAAAGCAGCAGCUUCUGAAUGAGGGCUGUGGGCUCACCGAAUGCACGGCUAUGGGUGAUUUACUUUGUCCGUGCUGGAAAGCCCAAACUGAUGCUGCUGAGGGUUUGAUGGGACUGCAGGCUCCCAGCAGGCACAGGAGAGCGGCUGCUGGCAGGGUGCUCCCAGGUGCCCCCCCUUCACCCCCUCUGCCUGCCUCCCAGCAGCUGACACAGCACUGCUGCACCGAGGUGGGAUUUGCUCCCAUGCAGCACAUUGAGAGGAGAACAAGGAAUGGUACAAAUGAGCAUAGCACGUGUUCAAUGUGCUGAAAACUGGCUGUCGAGUGGGGAUGGACACAGUAGGCACAGGGAGCAGGGGCUGCCAGCUGUGGCAUCCUUAGAGGAGAAUGCUGCUUUUAUGGACUAAGACAUACCAGAAAAUGCCUGCUUUGACCACACAUCACUUGUGGAAAAAAAAAAAAAAAAUUAAAAAGCAAACACAAAAGCAAUGCUCAAAGCAUUUCACAAUCUUGCAUUCUUUUUUACAGUCUUGCAUUCUCGCAACUCAGUUCCUUGGCGCUGCCCAAGACCGUGGGAGGUCUGUGUAGGUAUGGAGGGAUGUUUAGAGCAAGACAGGUAGUGCUCAGGGAAAAAAUGAGGAAGCAGAGGGUCAGGCUGCUCAGUGCACAGCUGGGUAUGCCCAAGGUGCUGGGACAGAAACCUGCAGGGCCAGAGAGAUGGGGCUGGGAGCCCUGCCUGGUCCCACCGGCUGGGCCUGGGGGCAGCCACAGGCUGGUGUACAAUGCCCAGCAGCAGCAGCAGUGCUGGAGCCAGGUGCUGGUGGGCUCCAGGGGUAUAUAUGCCCUGUGCGGGGCCGUGGUGUCGGCGUGUGGCAAAGUGGCGCGGUCAGGUCUUCUGUUGUGCCUCUGGAUAAAGGAAAGUGCUGGGUUCAGCGGCUGGGCACAGGGCCGGGGAGAGGCUUCCAGCUCGCCCAGAGCUUUGCAGGAUGUGAUGACUGGGCGGCCGCACAGACACUGAUGAGCUGGCACUUCCAUUGUGUACCCGCCUGCGCUCUGCCCUUGCCAGGCUAUAAAGUGGGGGCCCCGCUGCACCCCGAAACACAAGCCUGCUCCCUCCAACAAGAAGCAGCAGCUGCCCAGGUAAGAGGAGAAAGUCCCCGGGCGGUGGCACUUGCUCCAGCCAGUCCCAAGGGGGGGAGAGGAAAAUGCGGGUUUUCGGCUCUGCCCAUGCUGUGCCCACCAUUCCUGGAGCACCCUGACCCAGCACGGUACUGGGGGGUGCAAGGAGGAUCCCACUCCCCCUGGAACUCCCUAUUGUGGUGCCACCAAUGGGGUGCCCACUGCAGGUCACGCCAAAGCAGGGCUGUCUCCUCCCACCCCACCACCUAUCGGUGGCCCCAGGGCUGUCCCACUGCCUGCUGUGCUCCCACGCACGCCUGUGCAGGAUGACCCCAGGGAGCUCCGGACCCGAGCUGACCACCGCGAUGUCUGAGACCACAAAAACCGCUGCUCCCGGCCAGGCUGCGGAGGACAAGGAGAAGGCGGCCCCGGCACCAGCUCCAUCCUCCGACCCCACUCCUGUCACCAACAGCAAAGGGGAAGAGCCCUCCACAGAAGCUUUCAGGAUUGUCAUCUUCGAGCAGGAGAAUUUCCAGGGCAGGCAGAUGGAGUUCACCAGUGAGUGCCUGAACCUGGCAGACUGCGGGUUCGAUAGAGUGCGCAGUGUCAUCGUCAGCUCCGGACCCUGGGUGGCCUAUGAACAAGCCAACAUGCGCGGGGAGAUGUUCAUCCUGGAGAAGGGCGAGUACCCACGUUGGGACACCUGGUCCAGCAGCUACCGCAGCGACUGCUUCAUGUCCAUGCGUCCCAUCCGAAUGGAGGCCGAGGACCACAAGAUCUCCCUGUACGAGUCCGCUGACUUCAAGGGCAACAAGAUGGACAUCCAGGAGGACGACGUGCCCAGCCUCUGGGCUUAUGGCUUCUGCGACCGCGUGGGCAGCGUGAAGGUGCCCAGCGGAACCUGGGUCGGGUAUCAGUACCCCGGGUACCGCGGCUACCAGUACCUCUUUGAGACCGGGGACUUCAGGCACUGGAACGAGUGGUGCGCCUUCCAGCCCCAGAUCCAGUCCAUCCGCCGCAUCCGGGACAUGCAGUGGGACCAGAAGGGCACCUUUGUCACCCCCGAGGCGCCCUCCAACUGAGCGCGGCCCCGCGCCCGCCCCGCGCUCCCCCUGCACUAUCCGUGUCUACCGACCGCGCCACCGCCGCCGCCGCGUGUACUCGACGUUGUGAGGCAAAUUAAAAAAAAAAUCAGACGAUGGAGCUGCCUCCUGCGUGCGUCCCAGGACGCGCUCCGUCGCCCGGUUUCCCUUUGCUCCCAUUCCGCUCGGGCUCGUCUUCCGUUCCCUCCCUGCAAACCUCAAAGUGAGACCCCCCCUCCCCCCAGGGGCAGCCCCUGCAUUCCCCCACCCCUCUGUUGGGCACCGUGCGUGCAGCACUGCCUGGAGCCGUGCACGCAGCUCUGCUUGGAACCAUGCGUGCAACGCUACCCUGACCGCAAGAUCUGUGCGCGCAGCACACGGACGGGACGGGACGGGCGUGCAAGGAGCGCAGCGCUGCAGUCGUGGCCUCGGCAGCGUGCACGCGCCGCUCCCCGCGUGCCGUUUGCACAACC